AUACGACAGUGACGACACUUUGUGCAGCAGUUACGCACAUUUUACAAGUCAAUUCGAUUAUGAUUCAGACAUUCUUAGUUGCUUUAUUUCUCCUCGCUUCGUUAGGCGAAACACUUAUCCAAGGUAAAGAUACAAAUGUAAGGACAAAACAUUUGUUCGUGCAAAGAAAGGUACCACUUCGAGGCGGACCAUUGCCUCAUCGUGAGAUCUAUCUGUCUGAAGAUGACAACGGAAGUGGGAAAGAAGUCCCCGAAGAUGGAAGAUCGAGGCGAUCUGUUCGUAAAAGAAGGAGUACUAGCAAAGUUCCAACAAAGUCAUUGUAUGAAUUCAAUGACAGUCACUACAUGCUUUAUGUGGGAUGGAGUGGUUUCAAUGUCAGUGAUACGGUGGUUGUGCUGAGUCGCGAUAUUAAUCCAAAAGCUGACAGCACCAGUUAUCUCUAUAUUUCUAAUAAUUAUGGCAAAACAUACAACAACAUGUCACACUUGCUUAAGUUCACGAAAGAUGGAGUUAAGAAGUACGCAGUGAUUGAGAAAUUUUAUAACAGCCCUCUGAAACCGAAAUGGUACAUCUUUGCCGAUACUACGAACAAUCUUUUAUUCGUUUCAAAAGAUGAUUGUAAAACACUAAAAGAAGUUAAGCUGGGGUUUAAACCAUCGGACAUCACGUUUCAUAAUUCAAGGACUGGUGGUCUUAUUGCGUACGAUUCUAGUACAGAAAAGAUUCAUUACUCCAGCAAUUUUGGGUCGUCGUGGCUAGUUCGAAAAGAGAAAAUAAGAUCAUAUUUUUGGGGAAUGGCCGAUUUGGAUUCAGACGAAGUUAUCUAUAUGGAAUUGAAAAAUGACUACGGCACAUCGGAUAUCUUGCGGGGUCACUGGAAUCAUGAUCUUACUUCUGACAUGAUAAUGCGAAAUGUUACCGAUUUUGAAAUCAGCGAUAUUUACAUGUUUGCAACGAAGAAGAGCAAAAAUGGUCUUGAUUUGUAUGUCGCGUACCAUUACCACGACUUUAGAAAGGCGGAAUUUCCAAACACACUCCGAACCGAGGAUUUUCUUAUCGCUGAUACGAGUGAAAAGCAGGUUUUUGUCGCCGUGAACCACAACUCAAACACAUCACAUUUAUACAUAUCUGACAUGACUGGCGUGAAGUAUACCUUGUCAUUGGAAAGGAUUCUCUUCUACUCUCCCGACCGGCAAAAAGAUCACUGGCUAAGACGUUAUAUGACGGAAUCAUUCGUUGAUCUUUACCCCGUGGCCUCAAUGAGAGGUGUUUACUUAGCAAGCCAGUUAUCGUAUGGUAAAGUCGGCACAAGGGCAAUCUAUACCGUCAUUUCACAUGACAAAGGCCGAUUUUGGAGGAAGUUGAGUGUUCCUGUGCGACAUGCGAACGGAUCGCAGGUCAACUGCAGCUCGUGGGAUCAAUGCUCACUGCACUUAGCCCAGCACUAUGCCCAAAGACACCCACGGUAUUACGCUCCAUCGAUAAUGUCAAAACCAUCUGCUCCGGGGCUUAUCCUUUCUUCUGGGAAUAUUGGUAAGAGUCUGACAUACGCUUCAAAUCUCUACGUAUCGAACGAUGCAGGACGGUCCUGGCUUGAGGUUCUCGAAGAUCGUUGGUGGUUCAACUUUGGUGAUCAUGGUGGUGUAAUCGUCGCAGUUCGUCAGUGGUCGGCGACUAGGGAGCUUCUGUAUAGUACCGAUGAGGGUUUAACGUGGAAAAGAUACAAUUUUACAGACCAGCAUGUACAUGUUUAUGGCUUGUUGACUGAACCAGGGGAAAAUACAACUAUAUUCACUAUAUUCGGCUCGUAUCACGGGCACCAUAGCUGGUUAGUUGUGCAAGUUGACGUCAAAAAUGUUCUGGGGAGACCGUGUACUAAAUCUGAUUAUGAAACGUGGUCACCAUAUCAUCGUGGCCAUGGUCACGGCUGCAUUCUUGGUCAAAGACUUGAGUUCGAACGUCGGAGAAGAAGUUCAACUUGUUACAAUGGUAAAAACUACGAUAGACCGAUUAACACAACAAUAUGUCCCUGCAGAGGCCAGGAUUAUGAAUGCGACAGAGGUUUUAAAUCUUACUGGGGUUUUCUUUGUCUACGGGAUAGCAGUUCUGGUUUUGAUCCAUACGCACCCCCCCGACCCUGUCCACCUGGGCAUACUUACAACAGGACUCAAGGAUACCGAAAAAUCUCAGGAGAUAAAUGUUCCGUUAGUUAUACUAAGUGGUGGUAUGAGCCUUACGAAACUUCCUGUCCAAUUAAAGUUGACUCAGCGUUUCUUUUGUAUGCCGAGCGAACUAAAAUCCAAUACAUGGAUUUGGUGAAUUCAAGUCGAUCGACUGCGGUUGAGGGUCUCCGUGCUGCCGUCGCUGUGGCGUAUGAUAAGAAAGAGAAUUAUAUCUACUGGGCCGAUAUGAAGGACCACAAGAUUUUUAGACGCAAAUUAGAUGGCGAUAGUGCUGACAUGACAAUCGCUGGAGUUAAACAAGUCGAAGGCCUGGACUUUGAUUGGACCACCGAUAAUCUUUACUGGGUUGAUGCGGGUAAAAAGGUGAUCGAAGUUUGCAGAAAAGAUGGUCGCUACCGAAAAACUGUUCAUUCUGAUGAUCUUGAUAGACCUCGCGCACUGGCACUAGAUCCACCUUACGGGCAGAUGUUUUGGACUGACUGGGGAAGCACUGCCAAGAUAGAGAUGUCAGAUAUGGAUGGAAAAAACAGGAGGAUUUUGGUCGACAAAGACCUUGUGUGGCCAAAUGGGCUGGCUAUUGAUAUAUAUAACCCAAAGAGUUCGAGAAAUCUCUACUACACGGACGCCUAUAAAGAUAUCAUUGGCCAGUACGACCUGAUUACCAACACUAGCAAGAUCCUCGCAAGCAGAAGUUCACAUACUGAUAAUUUCAAAUGGAUCAGCAUCCUUAAACAUCCGUACUCCAUUGCUGUGGACGAUCAAUAUGUAUAUUGGGACGACUGGCAAACUGGAAACGUUUACCAAAUACACAAAUCUUUCAAAGGGAAGCCGUCCACUCUGAUUAAAAAAGCUGUCGGCAUGCCUAGCAAAAGCAGAUACGAGAUCAAAGUGUAUUAUAACAGUAGCCAAGUUGCCAAAAGCUCGUGUUCAGGUAUAAAAUGUUCUCAACUGUGUUUUCCUAAACCGAACAAUCAAUAUGCUUGCGAAUGUGGAGAUGACUUCGAGCCAGAUUCAAAGACUAAAGAAUGCCGAUGUAAAGGUGGUUUGAUAACAAUGAAGAAUGGCACUUGUUACAAACCAUCUGGAAAGUCGUGUGCACCCGACGAAUUCUUAUGCAAAAAUAAUUUCUGUAUACCUAUGAAUAUGAGAUGCGACUGGAAUAAUGACUGCGGGGAUUUAUCAGAUGAAGAGGGUUGUGGAGGCCAGAGUAUUUGUAAUAAUAACAAAACUCUGUUCGCUUGUCCUGGAGGAAGAUGUAUUCCUAGGGAUAAUUUGUGUGAUGGCGAGAAAGACUGCCAGGAUGGGGCUGAUGAGAAUAUCUGCAAAAAUCGUACAGCAUGCCCGAUUCCUAGCGACUUUCGCUGCAAAAACGGACAGUGUGUUGAUCAGACCGCGAAAUGUAACGGGGACUACGAUUGUCAAGACCAUUCUGAUGAGAAAAAUUGUCCACAUCACUACAAAGGAUGUAAAAACCCUAGCGAUUUCAUGUGCGAGGAUAAAAGUAUGUGUAUCGUUGGGAAAGCACGUUGCAAUGGAUACCCGAACUGCCCAGACAAAUCAGACGAAAUCAACUGUGUACACUCCUGUCAUGAUGUGAAAAAUUUAUACCUCUGUCAAGACGGAAGUAAAUGUAUUUCUAUAAAAUUGAAGUGUAAUGGUAAGGAGGAUUGCAUUGAUGGCUCCGACGAAUGGUGUGGCACAACUCCAGGAACCAGCACCAGAAAAGUUGCACCAGUUGCUCAUGCACAAAGUUCAGAUUCACACUCAACAAAGAAGACGUUGAUGUGGGCCAUCCCUGUUGGGGUAGUGUUUGCUGUCUUGGUUAUCUCUCUGGUAUACUUCGUUGUGAAGUCACGAAGAUUGCAUCGUAGCUUCUAUCGUCUCGUUCGGAGCGACAGUUUUGAUCGUGGGAUUACAUAUCAUAAUGUCGAGGAAGACGAUGACGAUACACCUCUUCUCCAAGGUUUUUCUGAUGAUGAUCCUUUGGUAGAAGCUUAAUAUGACGUAAUGUCUUAUGACCCGAAUAUCGGUAGAAUAUUCAUUUGUUCAAAGUGCAUUUCAAAUUACCGUUUAGCGGUGUUAAAUUUGAUUAAUCUUACUUGUCGAAAUGUGUAUAAUUUUCUGUUGAGGAAUAAGCCUAUGAUUAUAACCUUUUUAUGAUAAUGUAUAGAAAACAAUUUUUUGCUAAAUAAGGUCCUCGAUCAAACGGGUCACUUUUGCAGAAAAAAUUAGUAGUUUGGAGAAAAAUUAUCUGAUCUCGCAUAAAUUUUUUUGAGAUACAAAUUGAACCAGGGGAAUUCUUUUCGUGAUUAAGGUAAUUUUCCAUCACGGGCGAAGUGCGCUUUGUUUUUUAAGGAAUGUAAUGAAAAACAGCCAAAUCUAGUGAAAACACACUGGCGCGAUUCGCCAAUGCGACGCGAUUUUUUGUUGUUAAAAUGUUCUAUCUUUCAAUAAUUGUCAAGAAUAUCAUAACAUGAUGAAGCAUAGUUGCUUUUGAAAACUGAAAAAUUCGUAAAAAUCGCGUCGCGUUGCCCGAUCGCGUCCGGUGUAUGUCGUCGGCUUCACGCAUGCAUGCAUCAUUUUAAGUGGUCUUCAGAUAUAGCUUUAAAUCCUAGCAACCGAAGAUUGACCUGAUUGACCACGGUAAUGCUCCUCGUGAUAUAUGAAAUAAUUUUGUCUUACUCCUCGAAAGUAUUGUGUAGUAAAUUUAUAUACCUGUAAUUGAUAAACACUUACAAUGUACAUUUGUUCAAGGUUUUUAAAUUUUACAUGCAGCAUGUAAAUUGUGAUUUAUAUAAUAAUUAAAUAAUUAUGAUUAAAGUCA